AUGGUACCUGACGAUCGGCUCACCGCUGAGCAAGCGCUCACCCGGGAGGAAUUCGCCGCCUUGACGGUCACAUCAUCACCCAGUCAGGCUGCCAGUUCAGGGGAGGGCACCUCUAUAAAGAGUUCGGCUGAGUCCAGUGACGACGGACGGCCUUUCAGAGCCCAGCCCUCUAGAAAUCUCGAGAUCACGAAGGACAAGGAAGUCGGCAACAUGAGCGAGACUGUGACACAGCACCAAAACCGCCAUCUUUGGCUGUCAGCCGAGCCAGAAUACGAUGUCCCAUUUACGACCACCACUACCACCGCCAGCAGGGUCCCCAUUCCCAGCAGCGUGUCCGCGCACCACCGCCACUACGACAGCGAAGUCAUUAUCAGAAGCCCUACGAACAUCACCCUCGACGUCACGGUCCGCGUGAGUGGAAAAGCACCCACGCCGGCCCUCAACAUCACCCUACCAGCGGGCAAGUGCAGUCUGCUCAGCGACCUCCGGGCGCACAUCGCGGCCACGGGCUCCGGCGACGCUUCGACGCUCUGCAGCAACAACGACAAAGACGGAUGGCCGCUGGGGAAGCGUCUGCUCCACCUCAUCCGCGACCUGCGCAAGGUGACUUUCCGGCUGGAGGAGGACGGGCACAUCGCCAAGCUGAACAUCACUCGCACCCGGAUCGACGCGUCCUGCGUCUUCCCUGAGACCGAAUACGAGGCGUGGUAUUAUCGGAACGUGUUGAGGGGCAAGCAGCGCGUGUACACGGUCGAGGUCAACAUUGAAGCUUGA